UGUUUUCCGACCCUUAAACCCUCUCUUUCCCUAGAAAAACGAAAAGGGAAAGUAAAUCUAAUGGCCACCAGGCUCGCCCUCCGUCUCAGAUCCCAUCUCUUCUGCAACAUCCUCCGUCAUAAUCCCCCAGCUCCAGCCACCGUCAUAUCUCCGCCGUCGAUCUCCCAUCUCGCGCCACCUCCCAUCGCCACAAUGAACCAGUUCUUCGCAUCCACCACCAUCCGCUUGCUCUCCACUUCCACGCGCCGCGUCCCCACCAAACCUAAAAAGGUCGACAUCGGGGCCCGAGCCCGCCAGCUCCAGGCCCGCCGUCUCUGGACCUACGCCUUAACCUUCGGUUGCGUAGCGGGAUUUGUAGUUUUAGUUCUCAACAAUUUUCAAGAUCAAUUAGUUUUCUACGUUACGCCAACCGACGCCCUCGAAAAAUACACGAAAAAUCCUUCGAAAACGAAAUUCAGACUCGGCGGUCUGGUUCUGGAAGGAAGCGUGGUCCAGCCGGGUUCUUGUAAAGAAAUGGAGUUUGUUAUUACCGAUUUGAUAACCGAUAUUUUGGUUCGGUACGAAGGUUCGCUGCCGGAUUUGUUUAGAGAAGGACAUUCCGUCGUGGUUGAAGGAUUUGUUAAGCCGUUUACUGAAGAAAUUAAAAGGGACGUUUCUUCUAGGAGCGUUUCUACGAAAGCAAGGAGCGGCGACUGUUAUUUCUCGGCCACCGAGGUUCUUGCCAAGCAUGACGAGAAGUAUAUGCCUCAAGAGGUUGCAGCCGCCAUUGAGAAGAACAAAAAGAUGCUUGAAGAAGGAGCUAAGGAAUCGAUGGUUUGAUAUUGGUAUGAUUGACAAUUUUUCUAGUGGUAAUACUUUACUUUAUAUGGAGGCUUAUUCAUUUUGAUUGGAAUUUUUGUAAGCCUAUCGGCUGAGAUUGAAUCAUUGAAUAGAUGUAGAAUUAAAUUUUUUUAAUGGAAUUAUAAUACCAUAGUGAGGAAGAGGAUGAAAUUGAAACAUCUGAGGCCUUUUGCUUCUUUUAAUUCUGUUGUUGUACUGCCACAAGUGUGGUUUUUACAUAUCUUUGAAUAAUGCAUCUCAGAAUUUACAUU